UGGGUAUCUUGCGUUUCCUCAUAGACUCUGACAGCAGGUCAGCUGUUGCAGGAAAGUUUUGACAUAGUUUGAUGUCUCUCUCUGUCUAGUGUUUAUUAGAUGUCGCUCCUCAGUGGAACUACUUUCUCUGCCAGCGCUUCUCUUCCGUCGACUUCACCGAGCGCCGCCCUGUAAAUCCGCCCGGUUUGCGCUGAACUCCGCGCUGAUCAAAACAAAGAGCCGCUGACUUGGAUCAACUUUCGGAAUGAGUUUGAACGAGCACUCCAUGCAGGCUCUGUCAUGGAGAAAACUGUACUUGAGUCGAGCCAAGUUAAAAGCCACCAGCCGCACUUCGGCUCUGCUGUCGGGAUUCGCGAUGGUGGCCAUGGUGGAGGUGCAGCUGGAGCGGGAUUAUAAGUAUCCUCCAGGGCUGCUGAUAGCCUUCAGCGCCUGCACCACAGUCCUGGUUGCAGUCCACCUCUUUGCCCUCAUGAUCAGCACCUGCAUCCUCCCUAAUCUCGAGGCUGUCAGCAACGUUCACAACCUCAACUCUGUCAACGAGUCUCCCCACGAGCGCAUGCACCGCCACAUAGAACUGGCCUGGGCUUUCUCCACGGUCAUCGGCACCCUGCUCUUCCUGACGGAGGUGAUGCUCCUGUGCUGGGUGAAGUUCUUACCCCUCAAAAGCAACACUGAAGAAAGCAACGGCACCAUAAGUUCGGGUGAGGCCGCGGCCAUCGCCUCCACCUGCAUCAUGGUGCCGUUCGGACUCGUUUUCAUCGUGUUCGCCGUCCACUUUUACCGCACGCUCGUCAGUCACAAAACGGACCGACAGAUCCGGGAGCUGGAGCAGGUCAUUCGGCUCCAGAACCAGCUGGACCACAGAGCUGAGAAUGACGACCUGAAGGCCGCUGUCCAUUUCCCAUGAUUAGAGCCAGUUAGCAUGCAGCAGCAAACGGACAUUCAACAGUGCUUUUAUUGUGAAAUGUCUUCAAAAAGCUUUUAUUUUUUAUGUUUAUAAACUGUGAUGCUUUUUUUUUAUUUGCUAGCUUCAUCUGUCGAGCGUUGCAGGUUUCAACACAGGCCACUUUUGGACAAUGCAUGCUCACAAACAUCUGCACGUUAUAUUUUAGGAAAACUGUUUUGCCUUUGAUUUGCAGGUAAAUCUUUUGCUGUCAGACACAAACCUUUCAGUGGCUUGUUAAAUGACUUGUUACAUCAUAUUGAACUUUACUUAUUUUAGGGCUAAAGCCACUGAAGGACUUCUUAUCUGUACUGUCAUAGAAAUUGGAGGGAUACCCACUUGUUUUCAUUUUUAUGAAGUUAAUCAGUCUUGUUGCAAAUUAUGCUACAAAUCUGCUGCACAGCAAUGAAAAAUAUGUCGUUUAGUUGUUGAUAACUAUAGGAAACAGUGCUUAGUAUCACCCACACUGGAAAAAAUACGAGUCAAAUUGUUCAACUCAUGGUUACUGUGUGCUGCUGGCGGGGGCAUAUGUAUAACCCACCACCACUGCAGCAUCCACCUGUGGCCUUAAUGAUAUGAUGUCCUCUGGUGGGUUGCAUUGAUUGGUCCUCCUCUCAUGUUUACCUGGGUUUAAAUUAGACUUUGUAGGCAGCUUUAAAGGAUAACUUUGUUUUUUUUUACAACCUGGACCUUAUUUGUAGCAUUAAAUACGACCAUUUACUCACCCAGACAACUUUGGUGGCAUUUGGAGUCGUUUUUGAAGAAAUUAGUAGUUUUUGAAGAAAUUAGCUCCAAAUUAGCCGGCGGUCGGCUAGUUUAGCUGCAGUUUGGCAGAGCUAUGUUUCUUUAUUGUGUAUUCGUAGCCGACCGCCGCAGAGUCAGCCGUGUUGCGGCUGGCUGCUCGCAGCGGUAAUGACAUCAUCCACGUCAGAGGUAGUUGCCUAGAGACGCCGGAUGUUGAUAACAUGCCACCACGGGC